AUGGCGUCUAGGAGGAAAGUAGGCGACGCCGGCGGUUUGGACAAUGUUAUCUCAUCACCAGAAGUAGGCCUUAUUGAUCUCUCUCAACCAGAGUUGCUGUCCAAGGAAGUUCUUCUACAAGUUCUGUCUGCUCGGCACAUUUGCAAAACCCUGAAUGGACUGCAGAAGGAAGAACUUGUGGAACUCUUUCACAAAUACAUUGUCCCUCUUCCAAGAAGGGUCCAUCGUGAAAACCGGCGUGGGAAGUUAAUGUUACAAGCCCAAUCCUUGCAAGACAGCAGCAUUGAAGAAGAGAGAACUACAAGAGGAGCCAAUGGGGAAAAUGAUACUUCAAAGGUGGAAUGUGAGAGACAGAGUGGAGAAUCCCGAAUGAAACCUUGCCCACUUGUAACUGAAGGACCAUCAAGAAGAGUCAUCAAACUGUCUCAUGCAAGGAUUGAUAAUGCAUCCCAAAGGAAAGCCAAAUCAUUUCAAAGCCCUAGUGACUUUCAAGACAAAAGAAAAGGCAGUGAGAGGAUUUCACUCAAACGAACAUCUGAAUCCGAAGACUCUGGAUCAUUCAAAGCCUUCUCGAAGCAUGUAAGAGCAGCAGGUUUUCAAGCAACCAAAGUUCAGCAAUCUCAAGAGUCCCUUAACAAGCAUCAUCCUACUAUUGUAAAAAGCCUGGCAGACGAGAGGUUCCAGGCAGAAGAAAGCUACAAAGGAAAGGAUGCUGAAGCCCUAGGCUAG